AUGCCUCAGCGUGAUUUUCAAGGAAAAGUUGCCGUGGUUACAGGAGGAGGCAGCGGCUUGCGCGAAGCUCCUGGGGUCACAGGGGAUGCUUUGGCGGCCGUCGAGUCGAUUCGAAGCCGUGGUGGCACUGCAGUAGCGAACGAGAACAGUGUCCUGGCUGGUGAUGCCAUCAUCGAAACCGCCAUUUCCGCCUUUGGGUCGAUUGACAUCUUGAUCAAUGCAGCCACUUAUACUCCACAAACGGGAAGCAUUGCCGAUGUCAGCAGCCUUGACUGGGAUUUGUCAAAAGACGUUCAAAUCAAGAGAAGCUACAAGACCACCAACGCAGCCUGGAAGCAUUUUAGAGCGCAGGGAUAUGGCCGUGUUGUUAACGUGUCGUCCCUCGCUGCUCUUCAUGAACUCCCACAACAAACUAUUGAAUGCACGGCCAAGCAUUCACAAAUUGGCUAUAGUUUCACUCUCGCCAAAGAAGGCGCCAAAAAGAACAUAUUUGUCAAUGUCGUGUUCCCUGUCGGCAUGGAAGGUGGAACUACUGGCCACGAGGCAUCUGCUGCUGCCUUCGUCUCGUUCCUGGUCCACGAGCAAAACAAGACAGAGAACGGAGGCGCUUAUGAACUUGGAGGUGGUCGAGUUGCUAAGCUGCGCUGGCAGAGAUCGAGCGGUCUGUUGCUACGCGCAGACGAUUCCCUAGGACCUGAAGCUAUCAUCAAGGGGUGGUCGAGAGUGGUGGAUUUUGAGCGACCAGAGUAUCCAUCGGGUCCCAACAAGUUUCUGGAUCUUCUCAACGUUGGUCUGAAACUGCCUGUCGAAAAGGAUUCAGCAUCCAUUUCUUUCAAGGACAGAGCCGUCCUGAUAACAGGUGCUGGCUCAGGCCUCGGACGUGCGUAUGCGCUACACCUUGCUCGACUUGGCGCAUCCGUCAUGGUCAACGACAUCGCGGAUCCCUCAACUGUUGUCCACGAAAUCCACCAAAUGGGAGGCAUCGCCGCUGGGACGGUGGGCUCUGCAGAGGAGGGCCAGAAGCACGUGCAGGCUACCAUCGAAGCCUUUGGGAGGAUCGAUGUGGUCGUCAACAACGCAGGCAUCUUGCGAGAUAAGGCGUUCCACAACAUGAGUGAAUCCAUGUGGGACUCUGUUCUCUCUGUCCAUCUUCAAGGAACCUACAACACGUGUCGCGCUGCGUGGCCGCACUUUGUCAAGCAGAAACACGGGCGCAUUGUGAACACCACCAGUGUGACCGGCAUCUACGGCUCGUUUGGCCAAGCCAACUACGCUGCGGCUAAAUCAGCCAUCAUAGGCCUCACACGGGCGCUGGCUCGUGAGGGCGCUCAGCACAAUAUUCUAGCAAACGUCAUUGCCCCUAACGCUGGGACAAACAUGACCAAGAGCAUCCUCAGUGACGAAGUGUCCAAGGCACUCAAGCCGGACCAUGUGGCACCUCUUGUGUCUGCUCUCUCUGGCGAACCAGCCCCUUCUGACCCAACAGGGGGAGUCUACGAGGUGGGUAGCGGCUGGUUUGGCAAGACGCGGUGGGAGAGGCAACCCGGCUGGUCUCUUGUAACGGAUGGCACAAGUCUCGAUGGCAUUCUGGCCAAGUUGUCAAGCUUUGCCGUCUCUCAGCCUACGUACCCUACCAGUUUAGAAGACCACAUGCGUAUUCUAUCCCGUGAAGCGUCUGAUUCCCAGUCCUUCUCUGCCGCGAAGGUCCUUGCAAACAUACGACUACCUAAAGAAGCAAAGCCCCAAGGAUCCAUUUACACUUACACUGAACGCGACUUGAUCCUUUAUGCCCUUUCUAUUGGUGCCCAUCACAGCAACCUCCCGCUCGUCUGGGAAGGCCACAAGGACUUCACGGCUCUGCCAGUAUUCGGACUCAUCCCCUUCUUCAACGCAAAGCUCCCAUACAAGAUGGAAGACCUCAUGCUCGGCUACGACCAACGCAUGCUCCUUCACGUGAAUCAGUACCUGGAGAUACGCUCGCCUAUACCCCCAUCGGGAAAGCUGCGCACGUUCCCCAAGCUCAUCCAGGUCGUCGACAAGGGCAGAGACGCCAUGGUGGUCCAGGGCUUCACGACCGUUACGGACAAGAACCAAGAGGUCUUCUUCAACGAGACCACCGUGCUUGUCCGUGGAUCAGGCGGCUUCGGCGGCGGCAGUGUGCUCGCAGACCGCGGGGCCGCUACGGCGAGAAAUAACCCGCCCUCGCGAGCGCCGGAUGUCAUGGUCGAGGAGAAGACACUUGAAGGACAGGCUGCGCUGUACCGACUCAACGGAGAUCUGAAUCCCUUGCAUAUUGAUCCCGAGUUCAGCCAGAAGGGUGGCUUCAAGGUGCCCAUUUUGCAUGGGCUCUGCUCCCUCGGCAUUGCUGGGAAGCAUAUCUUCCAGUCCUACGGGUCAUACAGGAGUGUGAAGGCCAGAUUUACAAGCGUAGUCCUUCCUGGGCAGACCUUGCAGACCGAAAUGUAG